AUGAGCAAAGAAGAAUUCUUGAAGAUCCAGACUUGUGUCCUCAAGGUCAAUAUACACUGUGAUGGAUGUAAGCAUAAAGUGAAGAAAAUCCUGCAGAAGAUUGAUGGUGUGUACACCAUGAAGAUAGACUCGGAGCAAGGUAAGGUGAUUGUGUCCGGUAACAUUGACCCGGCCGCCAUCAUCAAGAAGCUUAACAAGAAUGGGAAGCACGCCGAGCUAUGGAGUUCUCCGAAGCCCAUCAACAACCAUCAAAAUCAGCUCAACAACCAGCUAAAGAACCUCCAAAUCUACAACGGCAAGGGCGGUAAUAACAGUGUCAACAAGCAGCAGCAGCAGCAGCCGGGACAAAAGGGUUGUAACAACAACCACCCCAAGGGAGGAGGAGGCGGCGGCCCCCCUCACCCCCAGCAGCAGAUGCAGAUGAAGGGGCUGCCGGAUCUGAAGCUGCCACCUCACUUCCUCAAGGACAUGAAAAUGCCUCCUGCGCUCGGGCCCCCAAAUGGCAAGGGGCAGAAUGGGAAACCCGGCGGCGGAGGCAAGCCGCCUCCCAUGGAUGACGGGCUGAGUGAUGACGAAUUUGAUGACGAUGAUCACGAGUUCGACGACGACGACGAUGACUAUGACGAUGAUGAUCUCGAUGAUGAUGAUGAUGAGUUUGAUGAUGAUGAUGAUGAGGUGGAUGACAUCAUCCAUCCGAACAAGCCGAAGGCCGGCAUCAUGAGUGGAUACGGGCACGGAGGCCCGAACAUGCCGCCCAAUGCCUUGAUGAUGAAUGGUUUCAAGGAGGCCGGGGAGAACCAAAAUCAGGGUGGGGGAAAGAACGGUGGCGGCAGUGGGGCACCGAAUAUGAAUGGAUUCAUGGGGAACAAAGGGCCACAUGGCAUGCCCAACAUGACGAUGAACCGCAAUCAUCAUCCGGCAGCCGUGCAGGGUUUGCCAGCCAUGAAUGGCCCGGGACCAAUGGGUGGGCAGCAGCAGCAACAGCAGCAGUUGGCGGCAAUGAUGAUGAACCAGCAGCGGGCCAAUGGGAACGAGCGCUUCCAGCCGAUGAUGUAUGCGAGGCCACCGCCGGCUGUCAACUACAUGCCACCACCGGGCUAUGGGCAUACGCCAGGCUAUCCAUAUCCACCCCCGCCGGGCUACGGGCAUCCGCCGGGCUACCCAUACCCACCACCACCGGGCGAGCGGGUGGACCAGUACACAAUGUUCAGCGACGAGAAUACAUCCAGCUGUACCAUGAUGUGA